UCCACAGAAAUACUACUUUCCCAUCUCACCCCCACAAAACAUGUGAUUUCUCUCUCCUGCUCCUCUUCCACCUCGUGCGCCCUCGCGAGUUCGCCGUGGAACACCCCAUGGGCUCCGGCGAGGAUAGCCCCGGCGGAACCGGCGCAGGAGUCGGUGGGAUAGUCCGGGGCGCGGUUCUGAAGGCGCUUGUCGUCUUCGGCGGCGUCCUACUGAUCCGGCGGCUGCGACGCUCCACCACCCGGUGGGACCACGCCCGCGCCGUCGCCGACGCCCUCUCCGGUGAGAAGUUCUCGAGGGAGCAGGCAAGGAAGGAUCCCGAAAACUACUUCAAUUUGAGAAUGCUCACAUGCCCUGCAACUGAGAUGGUGGAUGGUUCCGGAGUGCUUUACUUUGAGCAAGCAUUUUGGAGAGCUCCUGAAAAACCUUUCCGGCAAAGAUUCUACAUGGUUAAGCCAUGUCCGAAGGAGAUGAAAUGUGAUGUCGAGUUGAGUUCAUAUGCAAUUAGAGACGUUGAAGAGUACAAGAAUUUCUGUGACCGUCCAAAAGAUCAGCGGCCACAGCCAGAGGAAGUAAUCGCGGAUAUUGCAGAGCAUUUGACCACCAUACACUUAUCACGAUGUGGGCGCGGAAAACGCUGCUUAUAUGAAGGAUCAACGCCUUCUGGAGGUUUUCCCAACAAUUGGAGUGGUGCAGCAUAUUGCACAUCUGAUCUGUCCAUUCACAAGAAUGGUGAAAUACACAUUUGGGACAAGGGUUUUGACGACGAAGGAAACCAGGUCUGGGGAACCAAGGCUGGUCCAUACGAGUUCAAGCCCGCUCCCAAGUCCAAUUAUGACGACAUGUUCUCACCAUUAAAUUUCUCCGCUCCCUUGUCACUAGAGAAGAUAGAGAGCUCAUAUGUAACCGAUGACCAGUAGAUGAGUAGAGUUUGUCUAAUAAGUUUUGUUGAUAAGAGAAUACCAUAAAGGAAUAGCAUGUAUGUAAAUAUAUUGAGUUAUUGAUAUUGCCUCUGAUCAUCAAAUAGUAAUUUUGUGGGAGAGAGCACUUGUAGUGCCUAACAACAGAGUGAAACAUAACCUACAAGACAUGAGUUGUGUUAGCAGGUGAAGGCAUGAGACUAAUGUUUGGUAGAUGAAUCCUACAAGGUCUGUAACUAACGUCUUCUACUGUGAUUA